AAAAUGUCUCAACGGGCCGUUGGCGGUGCCGUUCCCAUCAAACCCACUGCUCUCGUGGACUGCGCGUGUCCCCGACCCUGAUGGCCCGUAAAAGCCAAAUCCCUAGUCCCAGCCCGUUCCUUCUGUCGACGCCCGAGGACCAUUCUUUCCCCACCUGACCCUCCCUUUGCACCAUGUUCCGCAUCGCGGGGCCUCUGUCGAGGCUAUCCGCCUCUCCACUGCUGGCGCGGGGUGCCGUUCGCCACCAGUCGACCGCUGCUGCGAAAUCUAGCAGGCUCUUCGCCGGCCGGAGAUCGCCCUGGACCUCUGGCCGAGUGCUCUUGUUCACGGCAUUCACGGCAUCACUUACCUAUCUGUACGGCGUCAACGACGCCAGCUCGCACUUCAAGGUGUCAUGGGCCAAUUUCCGCAAGCCCAGCUACGCGAACAAAACCGACAUGGAAAAGGCUAUCCACGAACUGAAGUAUGCGCUAGGAUCCGAUGCCAUCAGCACCGACGAUGAAGACCUCCUGAUGCAUGGCUAUUCAGAAUGGUCCUCGAUCAAUAUCGACCAGCUUCCAGUCGCAGUUGCUUAUCCCAAGUCCACAGAAGAGGUGGCCCAAAUCGCCAAGACAUGCCACAAAUAUCGUGUGCCUAUGAUUCCCUAUUCGGGAGGAUCCAGUCUGGAGGCCAACUUUUCUGCCCCUUUUGGAGGUAUGAGUAUCGAUUUCACUUUCAUGGAUAAAAUCAUCACGUUGCACGCCGACGAUAUGGACGUUGUCGUUCAGCCCUCAGUGCCUUGGAUGAGUUUGAACGAGCAGAUAAAAGACUCGGGGCUGUUCUUUCCUGUGGACCCUGGUCCAUCUGCCAGAAUAGGCGGGAUGGUGGGAACGAGCUGCAGCGGCACCAAUGCUGUUCGGUAUGGCACCAUGAAAGAUUGGGUCAUCAACCUCACGGUCGUUCUGGCAGAUGGCACUAUCAUCAAAACACGCCGCCGUCCGAGAAAGUCUUCAGCAGGCUACAAUUUGACGAAUCUGUUCAUAGGCUCUGAAGGGACAUUAGGCCUCGUCACAGAGAUCACUCUUAAACUCACAGUCAUUCCUCAAGAAACCAGUGUUGCAGUCGUCACAUUCCCUACCAUCCGCGAUGCGGCAGCCGCAGCUUCAAAAGUCAUGCGCGCAGGCAUCCCUGUGGCUGCCAUGGAGAUUAUGGACGAGGUCCAGAUGGGAGUAAUCAAUCGCUCAGGAUCUACUCCGAAGAAGUGGAAGGAAGUUCCUACAAUGUUUUUCAAAUUUUCUGGAACGAAAGCAGGAGUUCAAGAAAAUACAGCAAUGGUCAAAACGAUCGCAAAAAUGCACAAAAGUGGUGACUUCGAGUUCGCAAUUAAUGCCGAGGAACAGAAGACCCUUUGGUCUGCUCGCAAAGAAUCACUUUGGAGCAUGCUUGCACUGCGCACUGAGGGCUUAGAAGUUUGGUCUACAGAUGUUGCAGUACCUCUAUCAAGGCUGCCUGAUAUCAUUGAGAUAUCAAAGAAAGAAAUGGACGACCUGGGACUGUUCGCUAGCAUCCUUGGUCACAUUGGAGACGGAAACUUCCACGAGAGCAUUCUUUACGAUAGCAAAAACCCCAAGGAGCGAGCUGCGGUUGAGAAGUGUAUCCACGAUAUGGUAGAUCGAGCCUUGGAGAUGGACGGGACGUGCACAGGAGAGCACGGAAUCGGGCUUGGCAAGAAGGAUUCUCUGCUUAAGGAACUCGGGCUGGACACUAUUGGAGUUAUGCAGAAGAUUAAAGGAGCAUUGGAUCCUCACUGGCUCAUGAACCCUGGUAAGAUCAUUGAUCUGCCAAGUUCGUAGUUGGCUGGAACAGGCAGCACGGAGGAUUUCUCACUUCACAUGCAUCGGGAGGCCUCUGUCAUUUCUUGCAUAGACCGGCCAAACGCCGUUUGAGUCCAGCGCAACGUUAGAUGUCAUCUGAUGAAUGAAUAAUCAGUAUCUUUCAUGCCGAUGAGUCUCGGGCUUUGAAAAUUGUCCAAGCGGGAUCCCUUUUUGUUUUGCUGGAUAUAUAGCAUGCCGUAUGCGUAGUGGGACUUUAUUUUGACGCCCCGCAAUCGCAACCGUGCUCUUAUAAAAACCGCGCUGACUCAACAGCGCAACAACUUCACA